AAACUUCAGACUUCAGAUCCGAAGAGCAUAGCAUGAGCCAAAAGGCCAGAGCAGGUCAAUUAUCAAUUACUUCGGGUCUUGAGCUUUGAGUCUCAACCACUGCAACGACACCACGCAUCACGCACCACUACAGUCUAGCCAUAGUGGCAAACGAGUCUAUAUAUACUUAAAAGCUUCACAAGGUUGUAAAGAUCAAGGGUAACCUUUCGUCUGCUUUUUUUCUACUGGAUACCCGUUCAACCUCCAUUAGAGGCAUCUCGCAUUUCCAACAGCCUCAGCUCAACUUCUUUCAUUUCUUUGACCUUUAUCCAAUAUUCGCAGCUCACUAUCUCUUCAAAUCAAGCAACAGAUUCUUGUUUUUAAUUGUCAAUCACCGGGUCGCGACAUUAUCUACACAAUCCUAGACAAACCUAUAGCCUUUCGUAUAAGAUAGAGCAGCAGUCUACCAGCGACAACUUCUCACUACACACCGUCGAUUUCCGCCUUUGUCGCCAUAUAGAAUCUUCAAUCCAAAUUCACAGCUGUUUCGAUCACUCUUAUCUUAGGAGUCCUUAGUGCUAGGAGAACAGUCUCACGAAAAGUUUCCAGUUAAAAGCCCUGCUAUCUUUCAAGAUGGACAUGUACGAGACAGCAUCUACACAGCAGCCAGCUGCGAUCUGUAUUCUCAAAUCCCCAAUCGAUGCUAUUCAUAUAUUGGAAGCCGCCAGGCUUGGCUUGGUUCCGAGGGUAACCAGGAGGUUGACUGGACAUGAGAGGUCAAUGAUCCGCCCAGGUACCGUGUGGGUAUGGGAGGAAGCUGAAACAAACAUGAGGCGAUGGACCGAUGGUCGACGGUGGGGCGCUUCUAGAGUAGGAGGAGGAGGAUUUUUGGUCUACACAGAGUCUUCUGAAUCGCUAUCUCCACCUCGACAGUUGGAAACCCCAUACGGUCACAACAUGUAUCACCCUGGCUCUACACAUCGCUCCGACAGUCUGAUUAAGCAAACUUAUUCAACCACAAUGACUCAUCCUGUCACUGGUAAAGUUAAGAAGUUCCAUGUUGUGGCAUAUUCGAGCAAGCGUAAUCCUCAAGGCGAUCCCCUGAACCCUCUUCCACUCCCACAUCAACUGCCAGCUUUGAGGCAUCUCAAGGUGACCCCCGGCAUAUGGCCGGAAUGGGAAACCCCUACUUCAUCGCCCGCGACCCUUUCAUACCCGCUUCAUCCUCAACAACCUCCUACGGCCUAUCCCCCAUCCUACCCUCAAUCUCGUCCAGAGGCUUAUCCACGAGCUUCAGCUUCGACUCCAGCUUAUUUUCAUAAUCCUUCAUACAUGUCACCGGGCAUAUCACCAGCUGCGGAGAGAGGGAUGUAUCAACCUGCUGAACCAUCUCAUCAACCUCCAUCACAUUUGAACCCCAUGUCAAAUGGCUGCUCACAACACACUAACGGGAGCAGCAACAAACGCUAUCAUCCCUACGAGCAGCCUUCUCGCAAUAUAGAACAACGACCUCCAUCUUUUUUUCCAGGUCCCCCGCCAAUGCUCCCAGCUAUCUCCAAUGAUUUUGGGCGAGAGAUGGGUGCUUAUGGUCCUCCAGCAUGGAUAGGGGCUUCUCGUGGGUCACCAGCUCCACAGUACGCUUAUAGCUACCCUACCCGCCCGUCCGAUUAUCUGAAAAACGGUCAUUAUUACGAUACUCCCCUUCCUUAUCCUCCUUACAGAGAUCCAAUGCCUUCGGAUGGGCGUUAUGCUGUUGCGACACCUGGUGAUACUCGUCGUUACACGCCAGUUGACGAUCAUAUGCGCAAUCAACUUCCUCAUUUAUACAGAGACGCCCCAUCUACCUACAAUAAUGCUAACCAGGGUAACGAAGCCUCUCGUCCGGCAACUCCUGGCGAGCUAAAUGCGCAAUAUCCUGGCGAUCGGACUUCUGGUUCCCCCAAUUUGCCCACUGGUGGCGUAACAUUACCACCUUUGAGAGCGACCUUCAAGGAAGAGGCGUCUCCUGAAGGCGGAGGUUCGAUGCUGCCUCCGGCCAGCAAAUUGAGCCCUUCAGGGAGAUAUUCAGUAGUGGACAGACAUUCAAGCCAGAGUCCAUCAGGUGUUCCGAAGACCAAAGUUCAGAAUACUUGGGCGGAGGAUGCUAGGCAGUUGGGGGAGCUUGGUCGAAGGGUCGUGCUGUAAUCACACGGCGAGGAAGGGGGAAAAGCUCUUGUUGAGACGUACACGGUUGAUGUGGUUGUACUCAUCAUUACUGAAGUGUGUCAUUUAUGUACACCUGAAAUGAUAACGCUUGAUACACCACGAUGAGUAGUGUCUAAAUAGUCUACUAAUAAACAUGUACACUAUC